AUGGUGAAAGUAAAAGUGCUCUUUGGAGAGACGGAACAAGAUUUUGAUGAAAGUAAAGUGCUAAAGCUACUUCAAGAACUUAGUUUUAAUUUGGAGAACUUGCAACUUGACGAUGUAUUAGAAAGUGUACAAAAGGGUUUACCUGCAACAGUAACUGUUUACCAACUAUACACAUUUAUUGCCGAAGUUAUUGCUAGUAGGAUCAUUUAUAAUCCCGAUUACGCCAUCUUGGCUGGAAGGGUUGAACUUAGAAAGCUUUAUUUGAAAGUUCCAUACAAUUUUAGUGAUAACGUGGAAAGAUUAAGAAAUUAUAAAUCACACGGUGCAAAGUCUUACUCACCCAUUUCUUCCAAAUUUUAUGAAGUUGUUAAGAAACAUAAAGAAUUCUUUGAUGGGCUAAUAGAUAAAAGUAGAGAUGACGAAUUCACAUAUUUUGGAAUUAAAACCUUAGAAAAUUCUUAUCUUUUGAAAAUUGACUCAGAACCAGCAGAAUUGCCACAAUUUUUGUUUUUGAGAGUUGCAAUUGGUAUACAUCUUGAAGAUUUGGGGUCAGUUGCGGAAACCUACGAUUUGAUGUCAAAGAAAUACUUUAUUCACGCCCUGCCUACUUUAUAUAAUGCCGGUGGCGAGUUCAAUUAUUUGUCUUCCUGUUUCUUGAUAGCUAUGAAAGAUGAUUCAAUAGAUGGAAUCUAUAAAACCCUUCACGAAUCAGCAUUAAUUUCCAAAGCAUCAGGGGGAAUUGGUAUCCAUGUACAUGAAGUUCGUUCCAAUGGUUCAUAUAUUGCUGGUACCAAUGGGAUUGCAAAUGGAUUAGUUCCAAUGUUACGUGUUUUUAACAACACUGCACGAUAUGUCGACCAGGGUGGUGGUAAACGUCCUGGUGCUUUUGCGAUUUAUAUUGAACCUUGGCAUGGCGAUAUUUUUGACAUUUUAGAGAUGAGGAAAAAUCAUGGAAGUGAAGAAUUAAGAACUAGAGAUUUAUUCUAUGGAUUAUGGAUUCCUGAUUUAUUCAUGCAAAGGGUAAAAGCUGAUGAGUAUUGGACAUUGAUGUCACCGAGUGAAGCCCCUGGAUUGAGUGAUGUAUACGGUGAUGAUUUUAAAGAGUUGUAUGAGAAGUAUGAGAAGCAAGGUUUGGGAACUAAAAUACGAGCUCAUAAACUAUGGCUAGCAAUUUUAGAAUCACAAACUGAAACCGGUGGCCCAUAUAUGCUUUAUAAAGAUGCCUGUAAUGAAAAAUCAAAUCAGAAAAACCUUGGUACAAUCAAGUCGUCAAAUUUGUGCUGUGAAAUUGUUGAAUAUUCAUCACCAGAAGAAACAGCUGUGUGUAAUCUCGGGUCCCUUGCAUUACCGACGUAUUUGAAAACAUCCGAUGAUGAAGUAAUAGAGUUUGAUUUCGAGAAACUACAUUCUGUCACCAAGGUGUUGGCUAAAAACUUGAACAAAGUGAUCGAUGUAACAUUAUAUCCUGUUGAGACAGCCGAAUACUCAAAUAAACGUAACCGUCCAAUUGCCUUGGGUGUUCAAGGGUUAGCAGAUUUAUUUGCCGAACUUAGGCUACCAUUUGAAUCAGAAGCUGCUAGGAAAUUAAAUAUUCAGAUAUUUGAAACAAUCUACCAUGCGGCUCUUGAAGCUUCAGUUGAAUUAUCUAUUCAAGACGGACCAUAUGAAACUUUUCAAGGAUCACCUGCAUCUGAAGGUAUUCUACAAUUUGAUAUGUGGAAUCAUACUCCGUCUAAGAUGUACGACUGGAAUAAACUCAAAGAAAGCAUUCAAAAAUUUGGGUUAAGAAAUUCCCUUUUGGUUGCACCAAUGCCUACAGCUUCCACCUCACAAAUUUUAGGAUUUAAUGAAUGUUUUGAACCUUAUACAUCAAAUUUAUAUAACCGUAGGGUGUUGUCAGGAGAGUUCCAGGUGGUUAAUAAGUAUUUAAUUAAAGACUUGAUGGAUUUGGGUAUUUGGAAUUCAGCAAUGAGAAAUAAAAUCAUGAUGGAAAAUGGCUCCAUUCAAAAUAUACAGAGCAUUCCCAAAGACAUCAAAGAAUUGUAUAAAACAGUGUGGGAAAUUUCCCAAAAAGUAAUAAUUGAUAUGGCAGCUGAUAGAGGUAAAUUUAUUGAUCAACUGCAAAGUAUGAAUAUUCAUUUACGUGAACCAACAUUUGGUAAAUUAACCAGCUGUCACUUUUAUGCUUGGAAACAAGGUUUGAAAACUGGUAUGUAUUAUUUGCGUACCCAAGCUGCGUCAAGAGCCAUCCAAUUCACUGUUGAUGCUACCGAAGCCGAAAAAGCGGCAAAUGAGAAGCCAAGGGGAUCAUUGAAAAGAAAGAAAUAUUUAGAGACACCUCCUAGAAAGAAGACGGUGUAUUCUACUCCAGACUCUGAAGUUUAUGAUAUCCAUGAUUCAACUCCCAUCACUUGUAACAUAGAAGAUUCAGAAAGUUGUCAAUCGUGUUCUGGAUAA